CCUGGGACUGUAGUUCCUUGUGAGGGAGCAGAAGUCGAGCAAGGUGAGAGAACAGCCUUUUGCGGAAGAAGAGAUCUAUCAUCAAGCCUUACCUAUGGUGGAGGACCAUGAAACGCUGCCUGAAGGAAGAGUACUGGGACUUGCUAGUACACGACUGUGUCCCCUGUGAGCAUCUAUGCCGCAGACCCAACCACAGGAGCUGUGACAUGUUUUGCAAGUCUCUGAAGUGCAGCAAGAAACAAGGCAGCUACUACGACCACCUGGUGAAAGAGUGCAUCAGCUGCUACUCCAUCUGCGGACAGCAUCCGAAGCAGUGCGCCCACAUCUGCCAGAGUAAGAAAUCCGACCCCAAGAGAGUCAAUGUCACUGCAGCACAUGGGCAGCACUGGAUUGCGGAUUCUGGGAGAGCCGAGGCAAGCCCCCUGCUGCAACUGGACCAGAAGCUGAGUGGGGACCCAGGACAGCUGGCUCUGGUCUACACCAUCCUGGGGCUGUGUGUGUUCACUAUCUUGUGCUGCUUUUUUAUCACGAUGGCCUGCUUCCUCAGGAGGAAGGGAGACCAGCCUCGGCCGGUGAGGGAUCAGACCUCCACUGAGGAUCAUUUAAUGGAAGCAGGAAGUGUUGGAGAUGCAUGCAAGGAGUUCAAGACACCAGAGCCUGUGGAGACAUCUAGCUUUAGCUUCCCGGAGCAGACUCCCCCCACCGAGGAGAGCACAGCCCCUACGGAGCUCUCACACCCCGAGGUCCCACCUCAGCAGGAAAACGUAGCCGCCAUCCAGGGAUGCGUUGGUCUGGUGGGCACGGCAUCGUCAGGGUCUAGCCCAGGCUGCAAGGAAGGCUGCUUCAAGAUCAUCUGCUCGCCCUCACAGGAGAAAGUGUCCUCCCCAUGAAACGGACAAAGGAGGCAGGACAUGAAGAAGCUGGAGAUGCUGCUGGCUGUUCUCUCCCCAAACAAACAGAGCCUCACGAACACUUCCUUCCGCUAUGGAAAUAAAAUCUCAUUUGAGCAGGGCCCCCCUCCCCUUUUGGGUUAUGACCUUCUCCAUUUGGUUAUUCUCAUUGAGAUCAUCCCCUGCUCUCCUACCCACCUAAUGUGGCAGAAACAGAACAAAGCUUCUCCAAUCCAUUUCCUUUUUCUUGGGUAUUAAUGAUGGCACCCGCUCUGGAAUCAGAGUCUUUAAUUUACUUUGGCUCCGAAGUAACUGAAUACAAUGCAUAGAG